AUCUUUCAUGUCUUUGGAGAAUUACAUUGACAGUAAGGAUUCAAAAUUGGUCAUUUCGCCGAUUUCGGGUUGCUGUGCAGUUCGAGAAAGUAUAUGCACAGUUGAAAUCACGAAUUUUAUCCUGAAUAUCACAUAUUAUGGUGUAACCUGCUACUGAAUUUAAUGAUUAUAAUUUAGUCAACAGUCAACACGUUUAAAGUUGAAUGCGAAAUGGAAACGGAAGAAGUUGAGCCAGCGCCAGGCGAAAACAAGAACAAAAUGGGGAAGGAAGAGGAGGACCCGGAGGAGGAUCAUGAAUCGCCUUUUAAAAAUUGCACAUUCAACGUUUUUGAUGCAGUCUUUGUACUGAUUUCAAUGGGACUUCUCGUUGCUGAUCUUGUUACAGACAUGAUCGUGACAUGCAAGUAUUUCACAGGAGGAGACAUGACCUGGGGCGCCCUCACUCUAGGCUUCAUCCUGGUGCCCUCGAUCAUCCUCCAAGUCUUCAGCAUCAGAUGGUACCUGGUAGACGAUGAAAUGUCCGCUCUGAAGUGGAUCACACAUAUCUGUCAAGCAGGACCCUUGCACAGGUAUGUGAAUCUGUUUGUUACUGGUAUGGAAGCAAGGAGAACCAGGGAUGCCCUGGACUUUGAGCGUCUAUUCAAUCAGCAGAGUGACGUCUGCAUGCUGAGGCUGUUUGAGUCCUUCAUGGAGUCCGCACCACAGGUCGUUCUGCAGCUCUACAUCAUGGUGGCAACUAAUGAUGAGAACUUCUGGACAGGUACCUCAGCUGCCGUGUCUCUCUUCUCCCUGUGCUGGGCCCUAGGGGCGUAUAGUCGAGCUCACCGUAAGGUCCGCCGUGACAAGAAGGUUGUGUCUUGGCCAGGGCUGGUCCUUCAGACUCUCUGGAGGAUCGGGAUGAUCUCAUCUAGAGUCAUGGCGCUCGUCCUCUUUGCUUCAGUCUUCAAGGCUUACAUCUUUCUAGCUGUCGGUAUUCAUUGGAUAGGGAUGAUGGUGUGGGUGCAUCUCCAGAAGACGGACUUCUGCACCCAUCCUCUGGAGGAGCGUCUCUUCAACUGUGUGGUGGCAGUCAUCUACAUCUUCUGCUUCUUCAACCUCAAGGAGGGGAAGUCCCGCAAGAGAGUCCUGGUCUUCUAUUCCAUCAUGUUUGUUGAGAACACGGUCUUGCUUCUGGUCUGGUACAGUUACAGGACCAUCGGAGAGUGGUAUAAUGUCGCUGGAUUCACCAUCGUCUUUGGAGGCUAUGGUAUUGGUGUUGUUAGCAUGAUUCUGUACUACCGCUACCUCCAUCCUCGAAACGACUUCACCCUUUGCGGGCCCAAGCCCGAGAAAGAGCCUUCCCGAUCUCUGAACACCACUCCAUCCAUGUCACCUGCAUCCAGUCCCGCAGCCCUCUUCUCCCCAGAACUAUAUCGACACGGACACUCCCCUUCUCCAAAACAGCAGCGACGCUCUGACGUGAAUCACAAUGACAAUGCAGCCAGUCCUCUUGCUCGACCUCUGUCACAGACUAGCAUUCACCUUGAUGAUGACUUUGAUAAGGAGCAUGGUGUACCCCAGAGGUCAGGAAAGGUCAAAGGUCAGGGCCAUAAGGUUGGACGGGGAGAUUCCAUCGUUAGGAAGAGUAAAAGCGAGAGCUGCGUGAGCUUCAAUGAAAACGAGACCAUUUCACCAAAGGUGCAUCUUGAUAAAAGUACUGCAGGGAAUAGUUCUGUUUUGAUGAACGCUUCCCUAAUGGCGUCGUUCAGGUGUGAGAUAUCAGGGUUUGGGACGGAUCUUGUCCAAAAGUUUGAUGACUGGAGAGAUCAUUCCCGCCUGACCAACCAUUCAGUAAUGAGUGCUGGUGGGAAAUCAGGCAACCUGACUCGAUCACUCGGUAGUAUGCUUGACCAGAGUCAUGUCCCAAGUCCAGCAGCAGCACACUGCAUUGACUCAGCUGAUGCUGCAAGGACUCCCUUCUCUCCGGACCUCCAGCAGAUGCCCGAGAUUGCAGACUCACCCAACCAGAUCAUGACAGCAUACGAAGCCCAGCAGAUCUACGACAGCAUCUUGGGCAUCCACCACCCCCGCAGGAACUCCAAAAGGAAACUCAAGUUUGAUGAUGAUCCGGGUAAGGCCUCUGGAAGAACCAGAUCCAAGUCUGGUAAUGCAGUUGUACAUGGUAAACCAGCUCAGAAAGAGACUGGUAACAGAUCUGGCGAUGGUGGUUUUGGGAAUGGGGGACCUCAAAGGGUUGUUGUGACAAGAAAAUAUGUUAAAGAUGGGUGUUGUGUUGGACGUAUUGGUACAUCUGGACAAUUGUUGGAUCAAAGUAAACAAUCACAUCACCCUGUACCCAAUCUUGGUACCAAGAAUAGAGAUAAGUGCAGCGAAGGAAGUCACAAGAUAUUGACACAUCCAGCUAACAAUGCCGUGGUAGAAACUAAAACUAAAGAGAUCUAUCCAGAUAAUGGUAAAAAGAUUGAAACUGAAACUACAAAUUUCCAAGCUGUUAAAGUUGAUAUGCCUAUAGAUCUUGAGGGGGCGAAACCACUUCAGGGCAGUAAGGACAACCAUGAUUUAGGACAUGUCAUAAAUGAAAAGCAGAAAGGCAUUCAAAACCAAAACAAGCCAUCAAUUUUGAUUGUCGAUGUAAACAGUGCUCGAGCUGAGCACGAGACACAGAUCGGCAUUGCCGCUCCAAGGCUGCGUGCCGCGCUGUCAAGGGAUCUAUUCAAAGCGAAAGAGAGAGUAAUUUCAAGGAGUAGUCACAUUACAAAUAAGGCUGACGUGCAUAAUGAAGGCUGUGACAAGCCUGUGUCUGUAUUAGGAUGCAAAUCAGAUAAUGUAAAAGGGAUUGUUGCUUAUCAUGAUGAAUUCCCCAUUGUUGUAGGUCGCCCUGCAGAGUAUAAUGAAGAGAUCGCUAUAGAUGCAAGCAAGUCAGAACCAAAUGCGCAUGCUCAAUCGACGAAAGAUUUGCAAUGCGCUACUACUGUUCUGAAUAGCAAUGACAAAACAAAGCAGGGUCACAAUAUCUAUGUCAAACAUAGUGGCAAACUUUCUUCAGGGUUGGAAGACUCCCGCAUUACCGAGCGAGAAGAAGAAGAUAACAGAGAUCCCUGUGAAAAUAGCAAUGCCAAAGCACAGCGCAAUAGCCCCACAAAGGCUGGUAAACUACUCGGUUCCCUGUCCCCCAAAGCAGCCAUAUUUAGUACAUCCCAAGGUAGAUUCAAUGGGAGUCAUAGUCCUCUGAUCGGAGGAGAGAGGGACCCUGGUGGUAGCAGGCAUAAGUACCAUGGCAGAAGUCCUGCGGGGAAAACAGCUCUCAAGAGAGUCCGCAGUCUGAAAGGGAGUGUCCCAUUGGAUAGUCUGUCCCUCCCUCAGGGAUCUAGCCCUGCAAGAGAUGAUUCAGGUAAGGGUCACUCUGAACAUGAGAGGACCCCCAUAGCAAACUUGAAGGGUAAAAUAAAAAGGGCUCUGAGCAUUAAGGCCAAGAUACCUUACGAAGGUGAAGUACAUGUAGAUUCCUCCCCCUCAAUUAAAAGUCACUUAGAUCACGAUCCUCGAAGAAAUGACAAUCACAAGACUGAAAAAGCUCUGAAUACCAUAUCAAGUCCCCAAGUAAACGUUGACAAGGCUUCAGAACUUGUUAUGAGAGAAAGACCUGUGCUAGUAGAAAACCAACAAAGUGCACCAAAGAGUGCAUUUUCACCUCAAAAGUUUGAAGCUAUCUCACAAAGCAAUAAAAUUAAUCCCCCACAGAAGACUGGUGUCGAACCCUACUCACUGCCUACAACCACAUUGUCAAGUCCCAGAGGUGAGGAGAAUAGAGGUUUUGCACCAGUCUCUGGGAAUAUGAUUAUGAACACUUCCCCUCAAAAGAAUACCGAAAAUACAAAAAAGUAUUCAGGUAGUCCUCAGAAGACUGGUAAAGAACACCUGUCACUGUCUAAAGGUACUAGAGUGCGCACACCUGGGAAAGAGAAUAGGGGUUUUCAACCAGGCACUGUGAAGGGCACAGUAAGUAGACAAACAAACAAUAAACUAGGGAGUCCCACUGGCAAGAAACCUCCAAGAAGAUCCCUGAACAGGAUCCCAACAAAUUUGGUAGCAGAUAAUGUGGCCCGUUUUGACAGUCCUAGCAAAUAGGAUCCAGAAUAUAUUGGUGGUGGUGGUGGUCAUUUACCCGGCUGCUAAGAAAGCAUAAAUGCUUGUAAGUAAGCAACCAGACAGCCUAGGCUUUAGGUCCUCUCCGACGGACCUGGUAAUGAGGAUUAAUGCCUUACCAAAAGGGACUAGAGCAUCGCCUUUAAUGUAUUACAAAAAUGUAUUUUGUACUCAUUUAAUUUUUAAGAAAAUAUCUUAUACAAAUAUAUAUUUUUUUAAUUAUAAUUUUGUUCUUGUUCUUGUUCUUUUUUUUAAUGUUUUGUUGUUCUUGUUCUUUUAUUCUAUUAUGCAUAUACAUGUAACAUGGUAGUAAGAUAUCAGGUGUUUUUAUUCAUGGCUGAAUUUUAUAACAUUUUGUAAAUUUUGAUAUUGAAAUUAUAUCAUAUAAUAUGAUGAAAAAACUUUUUAUAUUUAUACAACUUUUUUAUAUAUAUAUAUAUAUCUGCAACCUCAUAAGCCUGAUAUUUUGACUCUUUCUUCACUCAUGUUUUCGUUUUUAAGUUUGUUAUAUUUCAAAUUUAUCAGACUACAUAGGAGAAGAGUAGCACUCUGGUUUGAUCAGUACAUGUCAUGUACAGUGUCAUGAAGACAUUUUUCAAAAUUAUCAUGAAACUAUCAAUGUUCCUUCAAGGAAUGCUAUCCUGAACGAAAUAAUUAUGCCAAAGCACUGUCAAAUCAUCUGAACUAAUGAUUUUUACUUUUAUAUAUUUAUCUAUUUUUCUCUAAAAUUAGGAAAUUACUUGUAUUUUUUAUUUCUACAGAAAUGUCUGGCUUUUAAUUUGAUACUGUAGAUGUAAGCAGGAAUGAAAUACUUGUAUACUUGUAUCUCUUUGUCUAUUGCAAUCAUCUGAUCUAAUGAUAUUACUUUUAUACAUGUAUGUAUUUCUUUGUCUAUUGUGAUUAUAAUACAAUUAUAUAUAUUUGUUAUCUGUACAGAAUAGUGUGGCUUGUUAAACAUGCAUAGUUGUAUAUUCUGCUUGUGAAUUGGGGUUCAAUAUUAUGGGUUAAAGUAUUACCGGUUCGUUCGUUCAUGUCUCCUUAGAUCAAGAUUAGUGUAUCUUGAUCUUCGUGAACUGGUAACAUUGUUGAAGAUUAUCUUUAAUUGUAAAUCUAGCAUUGAAGUCACUACCUUACGACAAUUUUCUCCCAUCUGAACAAUGUUACCAAGUCCCUUUAAUUGAGCUUUGUAAUUUAGAAUGAUUUCAUUUUGAUUAAUGUUUACAAUUUAAGUUUACAUGCAUAUCCUUCUGCAGAAUACAUCGUUUUGCAAAAUACAUCGUUUUGCAAUUUUGGAUAGUUGACUGCCAGCCCAAAAUUAUUAAAAUGGUUAUGUAAUGUUUUAAAGCCGUUGUCCUAGAGUGACAUGAAGCCAUAUUUGAAAAUGUGAUACCUUGAAAAGAAUUAAAGCUGACUAUUAUUAUCUGUAAUAUAUGUAUUUACAACUCGAGCACAAAUAACCCUACAAAUGUACUUACCUGGGUAUUGUCCUGAGACCUAUCAUCUCCUUGUACAUGUUGGCUCAGUGGUGGCUCAGUGGUUAGAGUGCCUGCCUCAUGAAUGGGAGGUCGUGGGUUCAAACCCCGGCCGAGUCGUACCAAAGACUUAUACCAAUGGGACCUU